AUGUCGAAAACCUACAGACUUGGAGGCUGGGUCACCGCAGACCUGAAGCGCAUUUGUCAGGCUGUGAAAGGAAUCCGAGUAGCUGAAACAAUUACCCAUCCUUCACUGUUAGCCUUACAGGAUCUGAUUGAAACCAACCCAGAGGUAAACAUGCUCUUCACGACUAUGUUCACUCAAGAAUUUGACCCACCUCAAGAGAAUCCAAUCUUAGACUACAUGGAUAUGCUGCAGAAGAUGCAGACCAUCAUUACCAGCGCUCCCGAGUACGGCAGUACGCUUGGUAGUGCACCCCUCAACCACAACCUGAUAUAUGUGAUGGAAACACCUUCAGGAACCAUGGCUUUUAUCAACAAUAAAGUCAACAAAUGCUUCAGGGAUAUUCUCAACAGCUGGGCGCAGCUUCUGAACAGUCCAGAUUCACGAGAGGUCUUAAAUAGGGAGGUAAACGAAAUUGAACACUGAGAUCCUUUUAGACUGAUUUUCGCUUGCCCUUACUAUGCAUUAACGCAUACUCUUUCGAUCAAUCAACAAAUAAUCAUAGAAUAAAUUUUAUUGAUUGAUUGAUUGAUAAAUUGCUAUAAGAAUACAACAUCAUACGAAUAUUAUUAUCUUGUGAACUAAUUAAAUAUACCCGUUGUCUAAGGACAAGAAACAAAAUUCAAGAUAACAUUUCACUUGCAAAGCUAUCAAUAAGUAUGAAGUAGAGUCGAAAUUCAGCUGAAUUUUAUUCAUGUUUUUCAAUGACUCAAAUUGUCUGCUGGCAAAGGCUUUUGAUUGAUUAAUUUAAUUUCCUAUAUAGGAUGGUUGGCUGUGUCCGGAAGCUUUGGAAACAAUGCCAGACUUCCUCGAGACAUACAAAGUCGACUUGGCUGAUCCUUAUUAUGGGUUCAAGUCAUGGAAUGAUUUCUUUGCCAGAAAGUUGAAGGAUGACACAGUCCGCCCCAUUUAUCGGCCUGAUGACCCAUACUCGAUCUGUUCCCCCUGUGAUGCCUUCCCGUAUUUCAUCGAAAGAAAGCCGAAGCUGCGAGAUGAAUUUUGGAUCAAGUCAUAG